CCUCCCCUUUUCCACACCCCCACCUCCCCGCCCCCCCAAAACCACCUGAAGCAGCUUCACCAGCAAUGGGUAUCGACUUGGUCGCCGGAGGCAAGAGCAAGAAGUCUAAGAGAACUGCCCCCAAGUCCGAUGAUAUCUACCUCAAGCUCCUCGUCAAGCUUUACCGGUUUCUGGUAAGAAGGACUGGGAGACAAUUCAAUGCGGUGAUUUUGAAGCGGCUUUUUAUGAGCAAAGUCAACAAGCCACCUUUGUCUCUCUCCAGAUUGAUUGAAUUCACGAAGGGCAAGAGGAGGAAUAAGAUUGCUGUGGUUGUUGGGACUGUCACCGAUGAUAUUCGUGUGUAUGAAGUUCCGGCACUGAAGGUUACUGCACUAAGGUUCACUGAGACAGCAAGGGCAAGGAUCGAGAAGGCUGGUGGGGAAUGCUUGACAUUUGACCAACUUGCUCUUCGAGCACCUCUUGGUCAGAACACGGUUCUCCUUCGAGGCCCAAAGAAUUCUCGUGAGGCUGUGAAGCACUUUGGACCAGCUCCUGGUGUGCCACACAGUCACACCAAGCCCUAUGUGCGGUCAAAGGGAAGGAAAUUUGAGAGGGCUAGAGGAAGAAGGAACAGCAAAGGCUUCAGGGUUUGAGUUCUCAACUGCCUUGGAAGAAAAUUACUUAUCAACCUAUGAUCAUGAAAAUGGGCAUUUUGUUUUUUUUUUCUUUUUUUAUCAUUUUUCCACCUUUUCUGUUCUUUUUCUCUUUCAUGGAAUGUUAUUGUAGUUUCGAAUCUUUUGUCAUUUUUCUUAUGAAGGAAAUUUUAGAAUGAUUGAACAUGUUUUUUUGGAUCUCUAUGAAGGAUUUAUGGGUUGCCAUUGCAGAAUGAAAUAUCUAAGAGAUUAUGAUGUUCCA